AUGUCGGGAAAAACUAUGUUGUCAGGAGUUGGAGGCGCUUUAUUUAAAAGCGUGUCGAAGUUUGUUGACGAAAAAUCAGACACCAGUAUGUUUAACAUCGUCAAACAAAACAAAGAACUGUUUUACUCGUCAAAGUACUACAAAUUUCAGUGGGAAGAGUUAUUGAUACAACAUAAUAAUCUUUUAGCUGAAAUGAAACUGAUGGAGAGGUUACUGAGUGAGAGAAGAGAGAUGAGGAUGGAAAAAGAAGAAAAUAUACAUGUUACGUACGAGAAUGUUUUUGAAGAAAUGAGGAAUGAGAUUGGAAAUUUAAAGAAAACAGCACAAACACAAAGAGAAGAGAUGGCAACAUUGAAAGAGAAUGAAAAGGAAUUGAACAAAAGGAUUGAGGAGAAGGAGAUGAUCAUUGAGAAGGUACCAAGUGAAAAAUUACUGGCUCUUAGUCGUGUACAGAAUGAUGAACUUGCACAGAAAUUGAAGCUGAACGAAACAAAGUUACAGCAGGCGCAAGAAGAUUUAAAUGAAGCGAAAAAUAACAUUGAAGUUCUUAUAGGCAAAGCUGGAGAUUUGAAGACUGAAAAUGAAAAAAUGUCAUCUGAGUUAAAGAAUAAAGAUGUUCUUGAAGAAAAGGCAAUGACCAUACAAAAAGAAGUUGAUGUCUUGAGGAAGGAGAUUGCUGAAGAAAGGUUAAACUGUGAAUUCAAGAUUAAAAAUGUAAAAUUAGAAAAGGAUAAAGAGAUGGAGGAUUUAAAGUAUGAUAUAAAAGUAAAACAGAAAGUGAUUGAAGAACAAGUCAAAGAAUUGAAGAAUCUAAAAUACAGAUUGAAAGACAAAAGUAACAUGACGAAGUUCUUGUAUGAGAAGGUAAAGCAAGUGGACGAAAUCAUUUUACAAAGAAACGAAUGGAAAAUAAAGAACCAAAUGUUUGAAAUCAGAUAUAAUAACCUUCAUCAGGAUUACAUUGAGUUGAAGAAAGAAAAGACUGUUUUGGAAAAAAAAAUUAAGAAUCACAAAAUGCGUCACUUGAAACUGGUUGAUUCUGAUAAGAUCAAGGAAAUAGAACUAGAACUCGAAUAUAUGCGAAAGGAAAAGGAAAAGAUGAAGAUGAAGAUGAAGAAAUAUCAGUCUCUUAAGUCUAAGUAUAAAAAACUGAAAGAAGAUCAUGUCGAAAUGUCAAGUGCGAUGGCGAAGUUUAAGAAGAAGUUAAAAAAGAAGGAAGAAGAAAAUAACAAAAAUUCUGAAAGAGCAUUGAAGAAGAUACGUGAUGAUUUGUGUCAGGAAAAAGCUAAAAAUUCAGCUUUAAAAGAAGAGUUGUUGAAGAUAAAGAAAAUGAAAAGGUAAAAUACAUCACUGCAUCUUAAAACCAAAAAAGUUUUAUUUCUUACUAGCUUAAGAAACUCCUAACAAACAUCAGAAUCGAAUAUUUAAGGAAAAUAAAUUUUAAACUCUUAAUUGUUAUCUCUUGUGGUUUUA